UUUUACGACAUCAUCUACUAGCUUUUGUGCAGCUAGCUAGCCCCUUCCUUCUAGGGCGCCCCUUUUAGCUAUAAAUAAAAAAAAAAAACCUUCUAGACCUCUCUCUCUAUAUAGAGAGAUAGAGAGAUAGAUAAGAGAAGGGGGGUGUGUUUUCAACGCCAGAAACCAAAAGCAAUGAUGAUGUUGUGUGGAGUACCACCCCACCAGCUCCCUCCUCAGUGCCAUCAUUGCUUCCUCAGCACUUCUGAAAAUCGUCUUCCCCCUUCAUCAUUAUUAUCUUCACCCUCAGUUCCCACCAUGAUGAAAAAGAAACCCAUCAUCAACAUUAUUAUUCCCAGAAACAACUACAAAGAGGGACGACGACUUCCUCACCAUCAUUAUGUGUUUUUGGCAUCUAAUUACCACCUCCACCACCACUUUGGAGCUGAUGAUGAUGAUGAUCUGAUGCAUCCUCUUCCUACUCCAGGUUUCAACUUGUUAAGAGGCCCCAUCAGUACUACUACUACUAAAGGGUGGAAAAGCUCUUCUCCUUUUCUUAAGAAGCAUCAUCGCUACUGCUGAUGAAGAUUAGACUUUGAUCCAAGUCACAUCUUCUCUCUUUUGGGGAAUCAAGCAUCCUGGUCCGAUUUUUAAUCCUUUUUAAUUAGCUAGGUUUUGAGAUAUUUUUACAUAUAUCUAUAUCUAAAGUAAGAAAAACCUUUUCUUUGGAUUUCAGUUUGUUUUUCAUUUUCCUUAAUCUUUUUCAAGCUCUUUCUUGGUUUUGCGGUUUGUAUGAGCUUGAAAUCAGACAGAUCUUUUUCUGUUAGAUUUAGGCCUUAUUCAUAAUAUUACUACUGUAAGAUUGUGAGUGUGGGAUUUGGUUAUUAGCUUUCCCUACUGGAAGGACUUUCCAAGUCCAAGGAACGAAUUAAGAUCCAUCGAUCGCUGUACGCUCUCUCUCUGAUCCCGAAGAUGGUAUUGUACUUUUGUUUUAUAUUUGUUUGUUUGUUUGAAUAUUGAUGAAUGAAUCUCAGUUUUCAGAACUUGUGUAAUCUCAUCUCGUCACUCUUGUGGGACUUCAUUUUCUUUCAAGUGGAUUUAUAAUAUAUGUUUCACUUGUUUAAUUGUUGUUUUGUAAAUCGGCCGGCUUUUCAGUCUACAGAUAUAACCUGUUACUCGUUUUAACAAAAACCCUGAAAUCGAUUGUGUGGUUUUUGUUCUUAAAAGUUUCGAGUAUUCUUGAUGUUCAUGAUUUUUUUUCAGAUCAAGUCCUUCGAGAUCUAUAUUUCUACUGGUAUAUUAAGCUGCUCGAUGUUUCUCUUCAACUCUUCUCUAUCAUUAGGGUUUUCCUUUGGGCCUUUCUGCUUUCCCGUCUAUGCAUAGAAGCCUAUUUGUGGAUGGAUACGACUCUUUAAGACUAGCUAUAUAUGCAUAUCUAUAUGGAUAUCAUGCAUUCACGUUUUGUAAAGGUUUCUUCCAACUAUCACAUUGUGGCUAGCUUCUAUUGUGUUCAUGAUGAUCUCUUACCAUCAAAUUGAUACAUUAACGAUCCAUUGAUAUAACUAAAUCACUAGUGUAGUUAUCAUCAUCUUUCCUUUAGUUUCAUUCAUUGGGCACAUCGAUCAGGGUGAAUGUGAUCAUGCAGCUACAGCUCCUUUUAAUUGUACGUACGGUUGAUUUGCCUAAACUGCAUGUACCAUUGAAGUUUCCAGAAAAUGUUAGCUUAAAUCUAUUUAAUUGUAGUAUUUUUUAUGCCCUUGACGUUAACCUGCAAGAAGAAAUUGUUUGUAGUUUGAGGUUUGAACUCUAGCUGGAUACCCAAAGUUAUAGGGCAUUAAAUUGUGUAUGCAUGUAUGAGCCCAGAUGUCUAGGUUGUAAUGAUUCAUACGUGCGGAGUUAAGAUCGAUCUCCCCAAUUCAAGUUUGACCAACUGAUCUCUCUGGAUAUUUUUACUGCAAUGUGUAUAUCCUUUUCAGCUUCAAAAAGUUACUUUACUUGUUCAGCUGUCUGAAUAUUAUUGAGCACUACUCAUAUGACCGCUGACACUUUGAGUAACUUUACCGUGGUGCUCAUCAUUAAUCCCAUUGCUUUCCUUCAAGAGCUUGCUAGGAGUACAUCGUUAGAAAGAAUCUUGCCUUUUGGGUUCAUCUUUAUGUAUAAUUCUUUUGGUGAAAGAGUGGCGAUCGUUAACUUGGUAGCCCUAACAGUAAGUUGUCUCUAAUAAUAACCAAUAUGAUGAAGCCUCUAUUUCUUUCUAUCCAUGACAUUUGCAGUUUUUGUACCAGUUUCCGUAUGUGCUCUGCUUUGUUACAUUUGGUCAAAUUAAUAACUCAAUUCACAAUUCACCAUUGGCAGCUGCUUGGAAUGUAUUCUGAUUUUGUUACAUCAUGAUCGAAUGAGAUUUCAAAUUCUUUAGGCACAUAUCACUUUAAUGCAAGGGUUUCUCGACAAAUGGGGAUAUUAAGUACAAGGAGCCUUUGAUAUUGGCAUGCAAUAAUUUGUAGGAUUUAUCCCUUGCUUUAGGCUCUCAUUAUCUAGUUAAAAGGUAAGUUGACAUUACGCUUUUAGUAAGAUCAAUUCUCUUAUACUUCGGUUGGACUUGUUCAAAAUGGUAUUCCGUGUGUUUUAGAAUUAUUGUCCAGUUUGGAUUUCACGUUUACUUUAUUCAGUUUUAAAUUCUGUUUUAAAACUGAAUAAUAAUUUAUUUUGAGAUGGAGGGAGUAUAUGUUUGUUCUCAUGCGACGAGCCUGCCUGCGAGUAAGGGUAUAUUUAUGUGACACCAUGAUUACUACCAGCUUACCUUUUCAGCUCUGCAUGUGUGGAUAAAAUGGUCGCUUCUUCAAACAUGAUAUUCCUUGUUUAUAUACUUGCUUUGCGAAAAGCAUAAGAAGAUUUUUUUUUUUUUUGAAAUGGAGCAUAAGAAGAUUGAAUUAAUGUAACAUGCAAUAGCGGACACACGAUAUAUAUAUAUAUAUAUAUAUAUAUAUAUAUAUAUAAAGACGAAAUUCAUCAAGUUUGAACCAAUUAACGGAAAAGGGAAAUAGUGAGAUGUAAAAUGGCAAAUACUCUCCCUAUGGCGAUCCGCCAAGAUUGAAAUUUACGAACUGAAAAAUCAAUAUACCCAGACCGGCCUGAUUUUUUUUUUUUUUUUUUUUGUUUGUAUUUUGGGUGAUAACUGGAGAAGGUUGUCAAGAGUUGAUCGUCAAUCACACGGAUUCACCGUCUGCCGUGUUGUGUAGCCUUGCAUAUACUAUGUAGCCUAUAUAUACUACUCGUAAUGUCCCAUUAAUGUUGAACAUCUCUUUCAAGAAAACUUGUCUACAUCGAAGAAGAGACUAAUUAAUGCAGUUGCGGUGCAUGUGCAUAUAGCAAGCCUGCAACACCUUAAGAGUCCCAGUUUUCUCUGGAUAGUCAAAUGACGAAGGGGACAUUUCAUAACCUUGAUAUUCUUUCUGUCCAUGGGGUUUUCUUUGAUGCAUGGCUCAAAUAUGGAAUUAUUGUUUUACCGAGCCAGUAGAGAUUACAGAGGAGAAGAGAAGAAGAUGACUAAAGUCUACCGUACACGCACGUGAUCACGUGAUGUGGACAGUCAACCAUUGCAGAGUUCCAUAAUUCGACUGAACACCACAUUUGUCAGCAGGAUUCAGGAAUAAUUUCCCUGACGCUACUAACCCAUAUUCCAUAAAGGGCCUAAUCUUUUCUUUUUUGUUUGUGCAUAAACUUUGGUUUACAUGGGCCAUUUAUGGUGUUACUCUUGUGAAAAUGAAUUAAAUGGGCUCGAAGCCCAUUACGAUUUUGCUUACCAAACACUAUGGUUUGGAUAUAAUCGAGCCCGGUAAGGUCUGUAAAUUUUGCCACUGACGAUGAGUGGCCCUCGCGAGCCAUCAAGAUCUUCAUCAUCUCUCAAAAUUGAGUCAGCAGAAAAUAUCGUCCCUCUUUCUUUCACCAGAAUUUCCUUCUAAUUACACCACACAUCUGGCCACUAGAGGAAAGCGAGAGAUUUGGAAGACAAAUUUAUACUCUCAGCAACAGAGGAAAUAUCUUUUCUUCUGCUGGGUUGCAUUUUUUGCGUUAUCCACUAGCAAAACAAAAUUACGGAUUGGGUUUCCGCCAUGACAUCUCUUCAGGCGUCCACCUCCUACGCCGUCGGCUUUGCCGUUUCAUCAUUCCCUGCUACCACUCCUUCCAGACCUUCUCGCAAACGCUUCGUAACUCUAGCUAAAGUUGAACCAUCGGAGAAAUCGGUGGAAGUGAUGAGAAAAUUCUCGGAGCAGUAUGCUCGUAGGUCCGGAACUUAUUUCUGUGUUGACAAGGGGGUUACUUCUGUUGUUAUCAAGGGAUUGGCAGAGCACAGGGAUACCAUAGGUGCUCCACUUUGCCCCUGUAGGCAUUAUGAUGAUAAAGCUGCAGAGGUGCAGCAAGGAUUUUGGAACUGUCCUUGUGUUCCUAUGAGGGAGAGGAAGGAAUGCCACUGCAUGCUUUUUCUUACACCUGACAAUGACUUUGCCGGAAAAGACCAGGUAACUAAUCUCUGUAUCAUCUUUCCUUUUUGGGACCAUAAACUUCCCUCUGUUUAUUUUUCCUUCUGCUCUGUGGUUCCCUGCAUUAGCUGGUUUUAAUUUUCUCUGUUGUUAUGCCACGCAGACCAUUUCUCUGGAAGAGAUAAAAGAAACAACAGCGAAUAUGUAAUGCGUUAAGUCGUUGUAAAGACUUGUCUUGUGAGUUGCUUUCCUGUAUAAAAUGUGUUCAAACAUUAGUACUAUAAUGCUUUGGCAUAGCUCACUUUUCACCUGUCCUGAGUUAAUAGCUUCAUCUGUAUGUAUGCCUGAGUAUACAACACCAAGGCAUAUUUUUAUACCUGGUUGUCACGGUAGGCAAUUAAAGUAAUUCAGUGGAUUAUGACUCUGGUUGUGGCUGGAAUUUUUUUCCCCAUGCGUUGUAGAGCUGUUUUUCCUGGACAGGGCGGCUAUCAGACUGGUACAACAAAUGUAUUACAUCCCCUCUUUUAUACUUAUGCUGAAUUGUGCGUUGCCAGUUGCCACUAGCCCGCUACCAUCAUGCGCUAUUCCAGUAUCGUUCUCUGUGUUUUUGAACAAUUAGCAAUGUAAAUAUAGUACUCUGUGCUACUUCACAAAUCACAAUUCUCAUGUCUCUGUUAAAAACGUACUGUAAUAUCAGUUCAUUUAUCGUGUUGUAUUUUAAGACCGAGUCCUCAUUAUUUCACUGGCUCUUUCAGGAAUGAGGUGAAAUGAUUCAUAAUCAAUUUUAUUCGGUAAUGGAAAAAAAUUGAGCUCUUUUCCAUUUGAAAUAAUAAUUUAUGAG